GGAGAGUUUCUCCGGCUUUUGUCAAACCAUGGCUUACAGACCACCACUUCCACGACUAAAACUGAUGGCAUGGAUGGAAAGUCUGAACACCUGGAGUAUAUUGCCUUUGCACUGGUUCCUGUUUUCUUCAUCACGGGCCUCUUGGGGAUCCUCGUCUGUCACAUCCUUAAGAAAAAAGGAUAUCGUUGUACAACAGAGGCCGAACAGUUAGAAGAAGAAAAACUGGAUGAAAAAAUAGAAAUGAAUGACACUCUACAUGAGAAUAGCGACACUGUGGGACAAAUUGUUAACUACAUUAUGAAAAAUGAAGCAAAUGCUGAUGUGUUAAAGGCCAUGGUAGCAGAUAGCAGUGUCUUUGAACCUGAAAGCCCUUUAUCUCCUACCUCUCCUGGGAGCCCCACGAGCCCGGGGUCCCCUUUGUCCCCGGGUGCCGGUCCGUACAAACACAGCUGCAAGGGCCAUCACUUGCACACUGUUGGGGGUGUGAUAGAGAAGGAUGUUUGUAGCCGGUGCAGCCACAAACGGUGGCACCUUACAAAGCCAGCUCACAAGUCUAAAGAGCACAGAAGAAGUCGUCUCGGAGAAGUUACAGUCCUUUCUGUGGGAAGGUUUAGAGUCACCAAAGUGGAGCACAAAUCGAAUUCCAAAGAACGGAAAAGCCUGAUGUCUGUUACUGGUGUGGAGAGCAUCAACGGUGACACGCUGGCCACGCCUGACAAGCAGGAGGAUGUGCAACAGAGGAGAAGCUCGGAGUAACCGGCAGGUGGAACUUAUAGAAGAAACUUGUCUGCUAGCACUUUGGAGAAAACUGAAAACUCCCAAGAGAUUCAUACUAUUUAAGGAAAUGUAUUUAUGGCACUGUAGCAUUUUACAAGUUCUGUGAUGGCAUCUGUGCAAGGUUAAACACUUAAUGGUUUUUCACCAGUAAAAAUCAGUAAGAUUUAGACACUUAAAUGCUGUUGAGCUGUGUCGACCUCAUACCGAGUGUUGGGCUUCAUCUUGGAAAGAAAAAUUAAUGCUUUUAGACAGGAAAGGUAAAAGCCUUAUCAAAUAAUCUUAAUUUUUUUGUACUUAGACAAGCAUUUUUAAUGAGCACAAUAUUAGGAGUAAUAUGAUUACUCUGUGGAUAAACAGUGAUCACUCCUCUGGUCCAUGUGGAUUUUUCUCCUCUCUUCUUCCCCUCCGGAAUCGACAAGCGUUUGCUGAAGGUAAAAGCCAGCUUUUGGAAGAUGAAAAUAGUCUUUUUUAACUGUUAACCGCUAGUAGCCCAGCCAAAUAUGCAAGGAAAUAAUCAUGUCAGCCAAAAUCUGCAUGUGUGCCUUUUAGUACGGAAGCGCUCGGACUCUGUGAAGGGUAUUUCACAGUAGGGAGUGGUUCAGCUUUCUGCAGAUAUUAAAUGAAAUCGUUGUCUUCCUCUUUACUACUUAACGUAGGCUGAAGAGCGGCUUUUUCUAUGCAAAUUGGGGCGAGCUCUUAGGAAGGUCCUUUUCCUCGAGGCCUCUUGUUCUCCCACUUCCUUGUAACUGCUCACUCCUGUUUGAAGAACGCCUGAUAGUUUUGCCUUUCUCUUUUGUUUUUACCCACAGGUUCCUUAUUAAAGCUAAGGCAACGUAUUUCAGCCGUUAUAUAAGGAUAUGGAAUAUUUGGCAUUAAAAAAAAUUUAUGGAGUAUGUGGUAAAGUACCUCAAAGUGGCUUUAUUGGACUGAGGGUAGCUGUUUUCAUUGGCAUCAAAUCUUAAGCCAGUGUCACUCCCUUCAUAUUUCAAGAGUGACUUAGAGCUAAAAAUAACCAGGGACGGUUUUGUGAUGUUAAUUCUUUUUGUCUACUUAUCAUGAUCCCUGCUUUGUCCUGUUACGUGUUUUGGGGAGGGAAGUCUUUGCAAUACUUCAGCAAAUUUUGCUGUGUUACAGAAACUGAAAAAUAACACUUGUUCUGAGUGCCUAAGAAUAUAAGCUCUAAUGCAAUGUAGCCUUUUAGUAGAGAUUGCACUAUAUUCUGAGAAUGAACUCGAUGAAAAUCAGUGUUUGGUUUGGAAUUGAUGUGUUUUUAAUCAAUGCUUUCAAUACUUUUAGUCCAAGUGCUCUAAACUGUGUUUCUCCUUCAUAUCUGAGAAUCAGGUUUCUCCAUCGCUUUAUGCAGUGUUAACAAUCAACGUGUACAAAGAUAAAAAAUUCACCUUCUUGCUUAUGUAUUAGAUGGUCCCACGCCUUGCCAGGAAACAUUAAGUUUAUUUCAUUCCUGCUGAAAAUAUGUGUUGUCAAUGGUCUUCCUUCUAUUAGUGUCCGUGAGACACCGACUGGACCUAUCAAUAUAUAUUUUUCACUGAUGUUAUAUUUGCCAAAAAAACCUCCAACAAACCCACCGCCCACCAAAGACCCGAAAAGGAUAAAUCGUUUAUUGUUGUUUUGAAAAUGAGCAUUUUUAAAGAUAAUUGUCCAUCCUUGAGAACCCAAAAUAACUGGAACUUGAGGGUUUUGCAUCCCUGCUUCCAUUAAUUUAAACCUGGCUUAUGAAAUCUCUUCAAUAUUGAAACAACUUAGACACCAAGCUCACAUUACAGGCAUACUUUUUUAUUCUUCAAGCUCCACUUGAUUAUUUGUAUAAAGAGCUAAUGUUUCUAGAAGAAUUGUUUAUAGUAGUCAGCUUUCAGUUUCCAGGAGAUUGAGAGCUAUGAGGAUUAAAUAUUACUGGAAAAAGGGAGUAUUGGGCAAAACCAAGCAGUUUCAAAUAAUUUUCAGAAAGGAGAUACACAGUUAUAGACUGUCCCAAAAGCUUUAAAAAAAAAAAAAGUGUUAUUUUGAUAAUAUUAUGUUUUGAUAGAUGAUGGGUUAGUACUGCAAGUAAAUUUGCCAAAGGGAUGGAAGAAGGUUUAAACAGAAAUAUGUAUUUUUUUACUUAAUUUAAAAGUAGUUUCUAUUUUGAUUCCAUUGGGAAAAUGGAGAAUGAAAGAAAUGAAAAUGGAUAUGUAAAACAUUGUUUACCUGUAUAAAAUACUUACAGAAGGUAUUAUAAAGCCUGAUAUAUGCAAAAAUUUAACUUGUGAGUUGCUACUUCAAUAAGAGGAUUUAGAAUCUGUGCCUGUUUCGUUGCAUUUAACACUACACCCUGCUCAUUUGUAGGGGUAUGGAUAUUGCCAUAUUAGUCAGCCUUUCUUAAAUUUGCAUAUCAGAUGUAUUUUUAACAAAAUAGUUUAUAUGCAACUUUUGUACUACCAAGCAGUAAAUAAAAAAAAAAAAUUAAAUUGA